AUGCCUAGCCUCGAUACAAGCUAAUCAACCGAAUCGGAAACUCCGCCUACCCUUGGAAAUUUUUCUCAUAAAUCUAGUCCUGAGAGCAAUACAUCGAGCCCUCCACUCUCAUCUGGCUCAUUCAAGCGAUCACUCAAAAUUCGUAUUGUGCCACUGACCUUAGUUGGCAUUUCAGAGGAGGAGGGGGUCAUCCAGAAGUUUGUUAAGAUGACUCCGACUAUGAAGGUUAUCGGUGAAGGCAAUGGUUUAGAACUUACCACUUUUACUCAGUAUGAAGCUGUUCCUCAAUUGAUCGAUAUUUCUAUUCCUUCGCAAGAUAUUGAAUUUGAUACCACAGAAGCCAAUGGACAACCUGGACUCAUGACAAAGCGUUCCGCCAGUGUAGGAUCACAACCUGCUCCCAGUAAGAGGCCAAAAGUCAAGACAUACAGACCCUCUAAAUCUUCGGCAUGUAAAGAGGGGCGCAAGUUUAAGCAGGUUGAGAAAGAAAACGAUGACAUCUUUGAAGACGAACUUGUUGAAUCAAAAACCUAUACAGAAGCCCACUCUCAUUUCCACACUGCGCCAUCAACACCAACAAAGCGUCUAUCAGCGACUGAAAAGUUUGAUAUGGAUGGAUCACACGAUACUAAGCCCGAAUUUCCCACUGGUACGACUAUUAAAGACUUUGGUGCGUUGCCUGACCAUCUUCGAGGUCCUUGCCUGGAAGUCAGUCCUAGAACGAGCGUUUUGGAUGGUCCAUCUGCUGUUCUGAACGUAGAUAAACUUUUGUUUAUGAACAAGCGUGAUAGCUCCCUAGAAUCAUCGCUCAUGAGACCUCUCGGAGCAGUGCCCGAAGGGUCAAUAGCAGCAUCGCCAUUGCCAGAGGUACCGACAGAAAUCACGGAAGAUAUCAUCGGACAAUCGGAUGGUCCUGCUCAAUAUCCAUCUAUUGCAGCUAUUGAACCAAAUGUUGGUGGUGAUUCUCCAAUUACAGAGUUACCAGUCAGCCCAAUUGCGAAAGAUAAGAAGGAUGAAAAGCGCACUCAUAAAGUUAUAAAUAAGUUUCGAUCGGGAGUACGCAAGGGUAGAUUUCGUUGCCUAAGAACACCUGUAUUGGUGGUAAUUCUCGGAAAGGAGCUUUCAAAGCCAACCAAAGUAGCUAUUCAGAAUAUCGCAAACGGAUUGCCUUCAGGACUUGGUGAUAUGCAAACAACACUAGAGCCAUCGGCCUCGCUUCCUAUACUUGAACAACUUUCACCUACUCCAGUAGCAGGGGACCGGUGCUGUCCUGAGAGCCCUGCAACUUCGUCAGAGAGUAAUUGCUGCAGCGAGGAUUGGAAUUGA